AUGCGGAACGAUGUCUUUCGCAUCGAGAGGUCUCUGGGCGUGGAAGCGGAAAAUAAAGGCGAUCCGACGCGGAGGGAAGAAACGGAACCGCAGGCCGAGCGUUCGCAAAGUCAGAGCGAGUCGAAGAAACCGGAACGAGUCGGAGGAAACGUGCCGAGCAUCGGGAAUUCUUUCCGAUUGCUCCUGUUUCGUCCGUUUCCUCUGCUCCGACCGACUCGUAAACGAACGAACGUCGUGGCCUCUUCCGGUUUCGUGGAGGCGAUCCGGCACGAAGAAACGAGAUUCGACGCGGGGACAUCACCCUCGUGUUUCGAAAUCGAACAUCUCGAGUGCCGAGAACGAAACGUUCCGACCUAUCGACGGCAUCGAACGGCAUCGGAGACGGACGACCGUUACGCGGUGGAAAUACGCGAGAAGGAUGGAUCCGUCUCCGGCCUCUACGUCGUCAGGGACCCGUGGGGGAAGGAGAGAAGCACGUACUACGCCGCCGACGAGAAGGGAUUUCGACUCCUGAAACGGAAUCCCUUCCUCGAGUUCCUCCCCGAGAAGGCGACGAAGGAAGCGACGGAGGAGGCUCGCGACCCGGACGCGCCUCGGAGGAAGCGAAGCGCUCUGCAGACGGCGACCGCCAUCGCGGCACCGGGAGGGACGGCCGUCGCUCGCGGCGACUCCGUCGUCCUGGCCGGUCCCGGCGCCCUGGCCCGAGUCGCGGAAACGACCGGACGGAAGCGAGUUCUCGUCGCUCCCGCGAAGUCCAAAUUCCUCACCGUCUUCCGGGACGGACAGAAGCUGCAGGUCCAGAGGCACGGGAGCCCGUUCUUCUACUUCUUCGGUUCCUGA